GAGAGAGUGGGGAAAGAACUCCAGAAGGAGGAGAAGAAGAAGAAGAAGAGUGAGAGAGAAGAAAGAGGGAGGGAGGGAAGACAGCCAUCCCUAACUAAAAAAGAGAAAAAUGGCGACGAUGCAGAGCUGGCGGAAGGCGUACGGCGCCAUCAAAGACCACACCACCGUCGGCCUCGCCAACCUCAACAGCGAUUUCAAGGAAUUGGAUGUGGCGAUCGUGAAGGCCACGAACCACGUGGAGUGCCCGCCCAAGGAGAGGCAUCUACGGAAGAUCUUUGCGGCGACGUCGAUCGCGCGGCCCCGGGCCGACGUCGCCUACUGCAUCCACGCCCUCGCGCGGCGCCUCGCCAAGACGCGGAAUUGGACGGUGGCUCUGAAGACUCUGAUAGUAAUCCAUAGGCUUCUAAGGGAGGGUGAUCCUACAUUUCGUGAAGAGCUACUUAACUUCUCACAAAGGGCACGCAUUCUUCAACUAUCAAACUUCAAGGAUGACUCGAGCCCCAUCGCUUGGGACUGUUCUGCAUGGGUUCGCACUUAUGCUCUCUUCUUGGAGGAAAGACUGGAAUGCUUCAGGAUCCUCAAAUAUGACGUUGAAGCUGAGCGUUUAUCAAGACCUGGUCAGGGGUCUGAAAAGGGCCACAGUAGAACAAGAGAGUUGGACACUGAGGAAUUGUUGGAGCAGUUGCCUGCUCUGCAGCAGUUGUUAUAUCGACUUAUCGGUUGUCGGCCAGAGGGAGCUGCUAUAAGCAAUUAUGUCGUACAAUAUGCCCUUGCACUGGUUCUGAAAGAGAGCUUUAAGAUAUAUUGUGCUAUUAAUGAUGGAAUCAUCAACCUUGUGGAUAAGUUCUUUGAGAUGCCAAGACACGAAGCAAUCAAAGCUUGUGAAAUAUAUAGGAGGGCUGGUCAACAGGCUGGAAGUCUUUCUGAUUUCUAUGAAAUUUGUCGGGGAUUAGAAUUGGCGAGGAAUUUUCAGUUUCCAAACUUGAGAGAGCCUCCACAAUCAUUUAUUGCAACCAUGGAAGAGUAUAUAAGGGAGGCCCCACGAGUGGUUCCAGUUUCCAGAGAACCAUUGGAAUUUCCUGAGAGGCUUCUUCUGACAUACAAACCUGAAGCAGUACCUGAACCUAUCGAGGAUGAGACACCACCCGUUGAGGAACCCAACCCAAUGCCGUCGAAUGGUGAAGUUACGCCAGUUGCUUCAGUUAUGUCGCCUCCUCCCAAGGCAGAAACGGCAGAAAUUGGUGAUCUACUUGGAUUAAAUGAAACAAAUCCUGAUGCAUCAGCCAUAGAGGAGAGUAAUGCCUUGGCUCUGGCAAUAGUGCCGACUGAUGGUGCUGCUUCUACAACUGGUUCCGGUUUUCAAGAUAAAGGAUUUGAUCCGACAGGAUGGGAACUUGCCCUUGUUACUACUCCCAGUAACUCUGGCCCUUCUGCUGUGGAAAGCCAGUUGGCUGGUGGAUUCGAUAAGUUGAUACUAGAUAGUCUCUACGACGAGGCAGCAUAUAGGCAGCAGCAGCAGCAGCAACAACAAUACUACGGACCGUCGCCUCCGAACCCGUUCUUAGCGGUGGACCCCUUUGCAGUGUCGACCCAAGUGGCACCGCCUCCCUCAGUCCAAAUGGCGGCCAUGGCUCAGCAGCAGCAGAUGAUGAUGAUGCAAUCCAACCCCUUUGCGCCGCAGCCCAUGAUGCCGAUGCCCAUGGGAGGAGCCGUUGCCGCCGCACCCAAUAAUCCCUUCCUCGAUACCGGAUUCGGGACUUUCCCCGCGAAUAAUAAUCAGCCGCAGCACCAGAACACUCCUUUCGGAAGCACCCAAUUAUUGUAGGUUAGAUUUAAAGAAAAAAAAGAAAAAAAGAAGUUGAUAAAGUUGAUGUGUUUCACCAUAUAUUACGAUUUUUUUGUGUGCUCGGUUGAUACCAUGUGAAUGUCCUUGUCUCUAGUGGGUUCUGCUACAUCAUGUGUACUAGUAGUUGUUCUUGUUCUCUUCAGAGCGUGAUCGUGAUCGUGAUGUGUGAACUGUUUUGUAUUUGGCCCUUGCAGAUUCUUGGGUUGUAAAGAGAUGAGUAGUAAUUAAUGAAAACAUCAGGUAUAUGUUGGUAAUAA